UAACCAUAGCCUCUCAUUCAUUCAUCUCUCUCAAAGAAGUAUAGAGAAAGUUGAAUUGAUGAUGUCAGGUGGAGGAGGAGUUCCUGUCUUCAACCUUGCUCCUAAUCUCAAUGUUUCAAGGCUGUGUUUGGGAACCAUGACAUUUGGGGAACAGAACACGUUGUCUCAGUCAUUUCAGCUUCUCGAUGAAGCCUACCAUGCUGGAAUCAACUUCUUUGACUCCGCAGAAAUGUAUCCAGUGCCUCAACGUGCUCAGACUUGGGGAAUGAGUGAGGAGUAUUUUGGCCAUUGGAUUAAACACCGGAAUAUCCCCAGGGACCGUCUCGUUAUUGCAACUAAGGUUGCUGGACCAUCUGGGCAGAUGACUUGGAUUAGAGGUGGUCCUAAAUCUUUGGAUGCCACCAAUAUUAGUCAAGCUAUAGAUAAUAGUUUGUUGCGGAUGCAAUUGGAUUAUAUAGAUCUUUAUCAAAUUCAUUGGCCUGAUCGGUAUGUUCCAAUGUUUGGAGAAACCGAAUAUGAUCCAGUCCAACAAUACUCUUCAAUUAGUAUAGAUGAACAACUUGACGCUCUUAGCAGAGCAGUGAAUGACGGGAAGAUCAGAUACAUUGGUCUUAGUAAUGAAACACCGUAUGGCUUGAUGAAGUUUAUUCAGGUUGCAGAAAAAAGUUCUUCCUACCCAAAGAUAGUUUCUUUGCAGAAUUCAUAUAGCUUGCUAUGUAGGACUUUUGAUUCUGCAAUGGCUGAGUGCUGUCAUCAGGAAAGUAUUAGCCUGUUGGCCUACAGUCCUCUAGCAAUGGGUAUUCUUUCAGGCAAAUAUUUUUCCCAUGGUAAUGGUCCAGCAGAUGCUCGUUUAAAUCUUUUCAAAGGAAAGUAUUCAGAAGGAGAAUCCAGAUACAACUUGUCCAAUAAAGCUAUACAAGCAGCUGCUAGGGAAUACCUUGAUAUUGCAAAAACAUAUGGUCUUCAUCCUGUAUCACUUGCUAUAGCUUUUGUUUUGCAACACCCUCUUGUUGCUAGUGUUGUUUUUGGGGCUACCAAAUCAUGGCAGCUCCGGGAAGUUAUAAAUGCAUGCAAGAUCAAGCUUACAUCUGAAGUUAUUGAAGAAAUUAACAAGGUUCAUUCAAGGUUUCCAAAUCCAUGUCCUUGAGGAAUGAAAAUAAUUGUGGCGAUUAAAGACUAACACACAUAUACACUGAAAAAAGUACUCUCUAUUUUCCAAAUCCAUGUCCCGUGUUAAAGUAACUUUUAAUAUAAUUUUUUUGAGCUGCUUUAAAUUCUGCAUAUGAGACUCGCGCCUGAACAGGCCAUGACGUGAUUUGUCUCCGUCGAACGUCUCUGAUGUAAGUUAAAUAUUAUUCUCUCGUUAAGUUAUGUUGGACUUAGAAGCAUAGUCUUCUCUUUUAAGGUGUAUGUUAGAGUGUUUCAGUAUUGUAUAAUGGUGGUACAAUUUGAAGCAUUGGGCAGUAUGAUCUGUUAUUUAUUUCUUUAUUUCAUGUGUUGUUGAUUGAAUGAUUAUUAGUAUUUACUGAAA